GAUUUAAAGUUGGCUGGUUCGGGUUUGGCCUCCGCCUGCUAGCUGUUGUUUUCACAAUAGCUGCUUCGAAAAUCUUUUAAUCCAUAAAAUUACUGUUACUUGAAGUUCAAUAACUGUACAGAAGGGAAUGGAACGUGAAGACGAUAUGAAAUUAAAAGGAGAAACAAAGGAGAGGAUGCUCCAAAUUUAUACAGAUUUUUUAACAAGGGUGGCAAAACUUGAUGAAUUGAUGGCCGUUGGAGGCAGACUACUUACUGGCUUUCAGCAAGGACUAGAGUUUCUCCGGCGCCCUCCAAUUAACGAGGCGUCCAAGUUGAUCGAGAACGUUCUUAAAGCCAAUGAAACAAAGAGUUUAAAGUCAUACCUUGAAGCUGGUUGUAUUAACAAUCAUGACCGUGUACAUAAUACGAGCAAGUUAUACACAUGCCUACAUGGACUACAUGAUCAUUGGAUUAAAGUCGAAUGCUUGCUGAAUGAGCUCGAAUGCCACUUGAGGGAUGCCACAGCUACGCUGCAAAUGGCAAAUCAACAGUUAUCUCCUUUGCUGGACGCUGAAUCUAGUGUUGGACUACAUCCGCAUGAAAGUAGCAGCGAAGAUGAAAUGGCUUCAUCUUGUCUUCGAGAACCCGAAGUGACAGAUUAUGCUGUUCUGAUGGGAAUCAUAUAUAGUAUGGUGAAGCAGGAUUGUACAAUGCAGGAUAAGAUUGUUAAAUCACUAAAUCUCAAGUCAACGUCCGAAGAACUAGAGAGCUAUUCCCUGAUGUGGACAUUGCGACCUUACAUCAACGAUCAAACUAUGCAGCUAGCUUGGAAGCUUGUUCCGUGAGACAUGUCGGUGUUUUAUAAGAACCCAAAACUUGUUUUGUAUGGACUAUUUUGCUUUGUUCCAUUUUUAUACAGUUUUGGACU